AUGUCAUCAAGAACUAGCCACAUGCAGUUUUUAAUGAUGGUGGAAUUCAUGGAAAAAAAUGGAGAUUUAUCGAAACCGCAGUGUUUGCCGCAGGGGCGUCAGUAUUGUUUAAAAAUGUGGAAAGAAUUAGCGGAACUACUUAACAGCCAGGGAAUCGGAGAAUAUCGCAGUGAAGAAAAGUGGCGAAAAGCAGAAGACACUGUGGAAGUUAUUCAAAUAGUGUCCUAUGAUGAACCCAGAGAGCCUGUUACUACACCAACACCUAUUGUUGACAAUGAAGACUGGAACACUCCUGGGUGCAGCAAGGAUGCAGUACCAGUACCUCCUAUCCUAGGAUCCUUCACACCGCCUAGACCGUCUACACCCAUUAAACCCACCACUCCACCAAAAUCUCCCACAGUCCCCCACAGGCAAACCACCUCACAACCUCCACCUCGCAAGAGGAAAAACACCAUAACCCUACCAGAAUAUUUUAUCAUGUGUGAGGAGAAUGCAAGAAAGUAUAAUAAGGAGAGAGAAAGGAUGGCCUUAGAAUUAGAAAGAGAGAGGAUUCGACAGAGAGACAUUGAGCUUCGUCAACGAGAUACUGAGCUACAGUUGCAAGCUCAAUGGCUAGAGUUUAUGAAAGUAGCACUGAAUGUUUUAGACAAAUAUUUUAGUAAUAAGCAU